AUGUCACGCACCACAACCAGUCUCGAGGUCUCGACGGACGCCCUUGGAGCCAUUGAAUGGAGGACAAUAGCCAUUGUCAGCAAUGUCGCUUGCAUCACCCUCGUCAACAGCAUGUUGGCAGGAAUACUGGUCGUCUGUCUGCCAACCAUGGCACGUGACCUGGAGCUUUCCAGUGCCCUGCUACUCUGGCCUGCUUCGGUGAACUCUCUGGCAUGUGGCUGCACCCUCCUCAUCUGUGGCUCAAUUACAGAUGUUGUGGGCGGGCGCAAGAUGUUUCUUGUCGGGGCCUUCUUCCUGACGUUGACGACAAUUGCUUGCGGUGUUUGUAAGACGGGUAUCGAGCUCAUCCUAUUCCGCGCUGUUCAAGGUCUGGCUUUAUCUCUAUGCCUCCCUUCCUCGGUCCUUAUUAUCACGAGGAACAUUCCAGUUGGCUCUUGGCGCAACACUGCAUUUGCUUGUCUUGGCGCUGGCCAGCCGGUUGGAUACUCCAUUGGGCUUGUACUUGGUGGCAUCUUCGUCCAGAGUAUUGGUUGGCGAUUUGGAUACUACAUCGGGGCUAUCCUGACCUUUGUGAUCUUCCUUAUCUCUAUCUUUGGUAUCCCGGCGGAUCCUGUCUCCGAAACCCAAUCGCUCUCUACGAUUUUGAAGCGACUGAAGAGCGAGAUCGAUUGGAUUGGCUGCCUGCUUCUCAGUACCUCCCUCGGCAUGUUCUCGUAUGUGCUCUCGGUCCUUGCAGGUGGUAGUUCCCGGUUCCUGGAACCAGCUCCGAUCACGCUCUUCUCCAUUGCCGUUGCCCUUAUUCCCGCAUUUGUCUUCUAUGUCCGCAGACAAGAGCGGCUUGGCCACAAAGUCAUCAUCCCGCCGUCUCUCUGGACGAACCGGGUUUUCACCUCCCUUUGUAUAACCGUCUUCAUUGUAUGGGGUGUCUUCAAUGCAAUCGAGUACUUCUUGACCCUUUUUUAUCAGUCCGUCCAAUCUUUGUCGGCAAUUCAGACUUCUAUCCGCUUUCUCCCUAUGGUUAUCACUGGCGCUGCAACGAACUUCCUCACCGGCUGGCUGGUGAAACGUGUGAGGGCGGAUAUCCUGGUUCUUGUGUCAGCAUCUAUAACGGCAGUGUCUCCUCUACUCAUGGCCAUUGUUAAGCCUGAGUGGUCGUAUUGGACGUGUGCUUUCAUUGCCACUGCUUGUACGCCAAUCUGUGCAGAUGUGCUCUUUACCGUUGCCAAUCUGUUGAUCACAUCUGUGUUUCCUCCUCAGACUCAUGGCCUUGCUGGUGGGGUAUUCAAUACCAUCAGCAAUAUUGGGAACAGCGUCGGCCUGGCUAUCACCGCUGUAGUUGCUUCCAGUGUGACCUUGAACGAGAAGGGUCCUCAUGUUGAAACUUUGAUGGACGGCUAUAGGGUAACUUUUUGGUUGUGUUUUGCUGCCAACGUGUUGGUCUUGGGAGUUGUUGCUUUUGGAUUGAGGAAAAUCGGACAGGUGGGUAUCAAGAUUGAUUAG